AUGAAUGUGCUAGUCUAUUCUUCCCAAGGGACGACAACAGAAAGUGUUAAGCAUUGUUUAGAAUCCCUUCGACUCCAUUUGUCACCAUAUUAUGCGGUAAUUCCUGUCACAGAGUCUACUCUUUUGAAUGAACCAUGGAUAUAUAAGACAUCCUUAUUAGUGAUGCCGGGUGGUGCUGACUUGCCAUACUGCCGGAUUUUAAAUGGAGAAGGUAAUAGAACCAUAUCAAAGUUUGUGAAGAAAGGUGGUAGAUUUAUGGGCUUUUGUGCUGGUGCUUAUUAUGCAUCAGGCCGUUGUGAAUUUGAAGUAGGAAAUCCCAAGAUGGAAGUUUCAGGUUCGAGAGAGUUAUCUUUCUUUCCAGGAACCUCCAAGGGAUGUGCUUACAAAGGAUUUGUCUAUGAAAGUCACAAUGGUGCAAGGGUCGCUCCAUUAAGCGUGAACACCGCAGCUUUACCUGGUUGUCCUAAUGUUGUUUAUAAUUAUUACAAUGGUGGAGGGGUCUUUCUUAACGCAUCUUCCUAUGAAAAUACAGAGGUUCUAGCGCGAUAUACUGAAUCCCUAGACGUUGAGGAUCAAGAGAAGGCAGCAGUUGUUUAUUGUAAGGUAGGGAAAGGCGCUGCAGUUUUAAGUGGGACACAUCCUGAGUUCACAGCAAGUCUUAUGAAGCCAAGUCAGGUUGAGCCUAAUUUCAACAAUAUAGUUCGAACUCUAUCGGAUCAUGAACAUGAGAGGAAAGUAUUCUUGCAGUCUUGUCUAAAGAAGCUAGGAAUGAAAGUCAACGAAGACGUUGACAUGUCGAUUCCAAGGAUCACUCCAAUAUAUUUGUCAUCUCAUUUGAAUCCGAAUAGUGUGAGUAGUCUCUUUCAGACCUUGAAACAAAACCUUGAUUUUGUCAAUGGAAAUUGCUUUGAGGAUCAUUCUGACACUUUCUGUCUACAUGAUGCAUCUAAAAAAUCAGAGAACGAUCUCUCUUAUACUGAUACUGAAUCUACCGGUGAUCCAGAUAGCGAAAUAAAACACAUAAACUUUUUAACUACUGGCACAUUGCCUGACACUAAUGUCACGCCAUAUUUCAACAUGGAGGCAUAUUUUGACCAUUUGAAAGAAUUAUAUAACUCAGAACCUGGAGGAAUAGGAUCAAUUUUAGGAUAUGGUGAGGUCGUUACUUCAACAAACACUAUGUUAGAUUGUAAUCCUGGAUGGCUCAGCUAUCUACCACAUGGUUUUGCUUUAACUGCCACAACACAGGUUUCUGGUAGAGGCCGUGGAGGAAAUGUUUGGAUUAACCCAAAAGGUGUUAUGGCACUGUCAAUAUUGUUUAAAAUUCCUUCGGGAAGUAAAAAUUCAUCUUCUAUUGUUACGUUACAAUACUUAUGUGGACUAGCUUUGAUCGAGCUGAUUCUAGGAUAUGGAAGCAGAGAUUCCGGAAUUGGAUAUGAGGACAUGCCAAUAAAAAUAAAAUGGCCCAACGAUAUAUUUUCCUUGAAGCCUGAAUACUUUAAUGAACUCACUGAUAAAGACAAAACUGAGAAGAAGGUCGAAGGAGACGAAAAGAGGUACGCCAAAAUAUCUGGAGCUCUUAUAAAUUCUCAGUUUUUGAAUAAUGCGUUUCACCUCGUCUGGGGUGGUGGUGUUAAUGUCUCUAAUUCUGCUCCUACAACAUCCUUGAACAUAGUUCUCGAACGUUUAAAUGUCCUUAGACAAAAGAAAGGAUUGCCGGCACUUCCACCAUAUAAACACGAGCUUUUGUUAGCCAAAGUAAUGUAUACCAUGGAUAAAUUUUAUGAGGUUUUCAAACACUCUGGUUUGAGUCCUUUCCUACCUUUAUACUAUAAAAGAUGGUUCCAUUCAAAUCAAACAGUUGAUCUAGAUUCAGAAGGAAAUGGAAGUGCUAGAACUUGUACUAUAAAAGGAAUAACCCCAGAUUAUGGCUUAUUAAUCGUAGAAGACAUUAAGACGAGUGAAACUUUACACUUACAACCUGAUGGGAACUCUUUUGAUAUCUUUAAGGGUUUGGUAUAUAAGAAGACUUAG